UGCGCGGCUGCCUCUCUCUGUGCCACUUUGUCGGUGUGGCCCCGAGUGGGCCGAUCCAUGUGACCGUGCACGUGAUCACAUGACCGCGCGCGCGUGUGUGUGUGUGUGUGUGUGUGUGUGUGUGUGUGUGUGUUCGAAUCUAUAUUCAUGGGAAUGGCCAGUGCCUGUGACCCUGCCUUAUGAGACUGUCACAACCGGGUUAACCUCCAUUUCAGCUAAUCAUGGGAGAGAUUAAAGUCUCUCCUGAUUAUAACUGGUUUAGAAGUACAGUUCCCCUUAAAAAGAUUAUCGUGGAUGAUGAUGAUAGUAAGAUAUGGUCACUCUAUGAUGCAGGCCCCAGAAAUAUCAGGUGCCCACUCAUAUUUCUUCCCCCUGUCAGCGGAACUGCAGAUGUAUUUUUCCGGCAGAUUUUGGCUCUGACUGGAUGGGGUUACCGGGUUAUAGCUCUGCAAUAUCCAGUUUAUUGGGACCAUCUUGAAUUCUGUGAUGGAUUCAGGAAACUUUUAGAUCAUUUACAAUUAGAUAAAGUUCAUCUUUUUGGGGCUUCUUUGGGAGGCUUUUUGGCCCAGAAAUUUGCUGAAUAUACUCACAAAUCUCCCAGAGUUCAGUCCCUCAUCCUCUGCAAUUCCUUCAGUGACACCUCAAUCUUCAACCAAACUUGGACUGCAAACAGCUUUUGGCUGAUGCCAUCAUUUAUGCUAAAAAAAAUAGUUCUUGGAAACUUUUCUUCUGGCCCAGUGGACCCUAUGAUGGCUGAUGCCAUUGAUUUCAUGGUGGACAGGCUUGAAAGUUUGGGUCAGAGUGAACUGGCUUCAAGACUUACCCUAAAUUGUCAGAAUUCUUAUGUGGAACCUCAUAAAAUUCGGGACAUCCCUGUAACCAUUAUGGAUGUGUUUGACCAGAGUGCACUUUCAAUGGAAGCUAAAGAAGAAAUGUACAAACUGUAUCCUAAUGCCCGGAGGGCUCACCUUAAAACAGGAGGCAAUUUCCCAUACCUGUGUAGAAGUGCAGAGGUAAAUCUUUAUGUACAGAUACAUUUGCUGCAAUUCCGUGGAACCAAAUAUGCAGCCAUUGACCCGUCAAUGGUCAGUGCUGAGGAACUCGAGGUGCAGAAAAGCAAUCUCGGCAUCAGCGAGGAGGAGCAGUAGCUGUGGCUUUGGCUGCUGCUGCAGAGUGGCCCCGCGUGUCCUCGUACAAUCAGUAACAUGCCCGUCAGUUGGCCUCUGUCUGCUUUGUCGGGCCGGCCAGCUAUCACUGUGUUUGGAAGAAGGACUAAUGGUUUUCUUCCUCACAGAUGCAGCUCUUCUAAGCCAGUGUAACUGCUCCCUCUUCGUUUUUUUUAGCUUUUGGAUUUGAAGAUGUACUUUUGAAGACUCCAUUUUAAGAAUUGUGAAACUUUUGCUACCGGAAGUCUCCACCACUGUGUUUUGAAGUGAAUGUUAAUUUCUGAGGUUUGGGAUUUUAUGGGUUUUAUUUUUUUUCUAUCCUUUUCCUUUCUUCCUUCCUUUGUUUUUUAUGUUGUUUGUUGUAAAUGCUGCACAUUCAGAUUGUGUGUCAGAAAGAUAUUGAUUAUUUUUAUGCUUUCUUGGUUAUAACCGUUGUCAGAGUGCCAAGGCUGCUUCCCCACUCUGCUCUCUUACGAAUCAUCUUCUAAUUUCCAGUUAAGUGAUUUGUUUUCUGUUUUUAGCUGUUGUCUUUUUAGACAUUACAGUCAUUUGGAAUAAAAAUUCACCUUCAGUGA